AUGUUUGCAUUCGCGCAGACGACGCCUACCGAGCUUGUACGCUCCAAGUUUUCCACGUCGGAGAUCCAGUACCGCGCUCUCUCUUCCCUGCCAGAUGACCUCCUACAACACCUCCCCGAGGAUACAAGUACAUACUCGCUUUUCCAAGGGUUUCAGGCCUCAAUCCACGAUGCAGAUAACGAGCACAGGAAGUCUCAUCGGAGGCGAAGUUCACAUGGCCAGAAACGGCUGGAGGAUGUAGACAGGAAUACAGGUGCUCUGCCACCUACAAUAGGCCAUUUAAAGCGGGAACGAGACUCGUUGAACCAUCGACUGGAAAUGAUGGGUGUGCGGAAGAACAUGUGCAGUGCAGAGAUACACGAGAUUGACAACAAGAUUAUGAACCUGAACAAGAUGCGCAAGAUUGUGCUGGACCGUCUGGCUGGCCUGGAGAUGGACGAAGCUGACUUGGAACAUGAAUAUAACAGGCUGGAGGACAUGGAGGACGCUCUGGACGAGUCUGUGGCAGCGGCCACGGCAGCUACACCCAAGACGGGCGAUAUUCCCAGUUCUCCGAUCGGGGAUGGCGAAGGUGAUUCGUCGUUCAUGUCCGAGUCUAUCUACGAGAAAAUUCCUUCACCGAAGGCCUGGAGACACAAAACAUCGAAAAAACGGUCAACACCGGUUCUCCACGAGCAUUUUGAGCCUGGGUCUCUGAUAAGAGAACUGCAGGCCCAUAAUGAUAUGAUCGCCGCUCUGGACUUCGACGUCCCCUUCGGCACGAUGGUCAGCGCCGCCCUGGACGACACAGUGCGAGUGUGGGACCUGAACCUGGGGCGGUGCAUGGGCUUCCUGGAGGGCCACCACGCCUCGGUGCGGUGCCUGCAGGUGGAAGAUAGCAUUGUGGCCACCGGCUCGAUGGACGCUUCCAUCCGAUUGUGGGACCUGAGUCGCGCCAAGUACGAACCACGCGACCACCGGGCCGACAGGGACGAGGACGACGAGGACGCACUAGGCUUCGAGGACCCAGCUGCAGCACCGCCCACGCCUCCGCCGUCGAGCAUGGAUGAGUGUCCCCUGUUCAGUCUGGAAGCUCACGUCGACGAGGUGACGGCCCUGCACCUGCGCGGAGACACGCUGAUAUCCGGCUCUGCGGACAAGACGCUGCGGCAGUGGGAUCUGGUCAAGGGCCGAUGCGUGCAGACGCUGGAUGUGCUCUGGGCCGCGGCUCAGGCGUCGUCGACGAUGGCGGCGGGCGAUUCAGCAGCAUGGCGGCCGACGGGUCGUCUGCCGGACGCCUCGGCAGACUUUGUCGGUGCCUUGCAGUGUUUUGAUGCGGCGCUGGCGUGUGGAACGGCUGACGGAAUGGUGCGUCUGUGGGACCUGCGUAGUGGACAGGUGCACCGGAGUCUAGUCGGCCAUACUGGGCCAGUGACAUGUUUGCAGUUUGAUGACGUCCAUCUAGUCACUGGCAGUAUGGACCGGAGCAUACGUAUAUGGGAUCUUCGCACGGGAACCAUCCAUGAUGCGUAUGCGUACGACCGGCCAGUCACAAGCAUGAUGUUUGACACCCGACGCAUUGUGGCUGCGGCGGGCGAGGACGUGGUGAAGGUGUACGACAAGACGGACGGGCGACACUGGGACUGUGGCUCAGGGGUAGCAUCCGAGGACGACGGCCGAGCACACAGCAUUGUCGAGCGCGUGCGCAUCAAGGACGGCUAUCUGACCGAGGGACGCAAGGACGGCACCAUCGGGAUCUGGAAGUGCUAG